AUGCCUGCGCCUCCUAAGCAGCGCAAGAUCGCCAUCGUCGGCAGUCGUUCGGUAGGAAAGUCUUCCCUCACAGUUCGUUUCGUCGAUCACCACUUCGUAGAGAGCUACUAUCCUACAAUCGAGAACACGUUUAGCCGCAUUAUCAAGCACAAGGGACAAGACUAUGCGACGGAGAUUGUGGAUACUGCUGGACAGGAUGAAUACAGCAUUCUAAACUCGAAACAUUUUAUUGGAAUUCAUGGAUACAUGAUUGUAUACUCAGUGGCAUCUCGGCAGUCAUUUGAUAUGGUCAGGGUUAUUCGUGACAAGAUACUGAACCAUCUGGGUGCCGAUUGGGUGCCUCUAGUAGUAGUUGGUAAUAAGAGCGAUCUGAAACCCGAGCAACGACAAGUGACAACGGAAGAGGGCCGGCGCCUGGAAGAAGAAUUCAAAUGUGCUUUCACUGAGGCAAGCGCCCGGCUCGAUUACAAUGUCGCGAAGGCUUUCGACUUAAUGAUCGGGGAGAUUGAGAAAGCACAGAAUCCGUCUCAGCCAGCCGGCAAUAGCAAAUGCAUACUCAUGUGA